GAGUUGGGCCUAAAGUGGGUUUUUACAAUCACACCAUGUAAAUCAUUUCUUCUUUGGAUUCUGGAUCUUCUCUCCUACUGUGUAGCCUCAUCUAGUUUCUCUGAAGCUAGCAGGAUUGAUAAUGAAAGGCAGUCCUGCUUAUCACGCUCAGCAAAGGGCUCAGAGAAGAUGGGAAAAAAAAAUCAAUCCCACAGAAACUUCUCAAGUGCUGGUUAGCCCCCAUGCAUUUAAAAUGGAAAUGAGAUAUGUUAGGGUUUUAGUUUUUGAUUUACACAAGAUGUCACUGCCUCCUUGGCAAUGGGAAUAUUUUAGAGACCAACUGCUGACCUGUUUGAGAAAAUCUCAGCCUAUCGCCCCAGGUGUGACGUAGUUUCUUCAUAUUUCUUUCAAAACUCUCAGCAGCGUUUCAUAGUAGCUUUGAUUCUUUGGGCUUCAAAGGGUGUCCCUGCCAGGGCCAAUCUUAGGAAAGAAAAAAAAAAAUUAGUGUAGGGGAACAAACAGCUUAUAAAAGAAGUGCUAUCCCUGUGACAACUCUUACUGUAGUCAGACAAUUAAUAAAGUUCAUAAAUCAGUAAUGGCAAAGCCAAGAAAACUCUAAUUUGAUGUGGUGCUUUGUUGUUACAAAAUCCGGACUUGUAGUGAACCAUUCUUAGAUAGUCCAGCUUCUAGUAGUUUUUAUCACAGAUACAGUGUGGUUUAUAUGAGAUAUAUUAUAAUUAAAUGCUCAAACUCAAGCCCCCUCUUGAGUUUGUGAACCUUGUUGAGGUUCUCAUUAUAAUUUACAGAAAACUUUAUGCCCCUAUAAUCUCCAAUUAGCUAUUUCUCUAAGUUAUAUUAGUGAGUGACUCAUUUGUAAAUUCUACCAUAACCACAAGGCCCAUACAAUCUGGUAAUUUAGACCUUCUAUCAUGUUUACCAAGUGCCUUUGUUCUUUUGUUGAUGAGAGAACUGAUAUGUGAGAAAUUACUCAAAGUAACAGAAUUUGCUUAAAUGUUAGGAUUUAGAAUUUAGAAUUUUAUUUAGCCAAGCCACUAAAAAAAUGAAGUGGCAUCUUUUAAAGAUUAUUGGUUUAAAAGAACUGUAAACAGAUGUUGAAGUCUAGCUGAAUUGUUUGGUGAUGGAGUGUACUAAUUUGAGCAGUUUGUUUUGGAAUAUAUAAAAAAGAAUAUGGAUGGAUUGAUAUAUGACAAAGCAAAUAAAAUGUGAAUCACAGAAUAUACCCACUAGAUUGUGGGUGUACAUGAGUGUUCUUUCACUUUUGUUCAGAGUUGAAAAUUUUCAUAAUAUAAUGAAGUUUUUUUUUUCCCCCUCCAAGACGAGGUAUCGCUCUGUCACCCAGGCUGGAGUGCAAUAAUGCGAUCUCAGCAGCUCACCGCAACCUCUGCCUCCCGGGUUCAAGUGAUUCUCCUGCCUCAGCCUCCUGAGUAGCUGGGAUUACAGGCAUAUGCCACCAUGCCUGGCUAAUUUUUGUAUUUUUAGGAGAGACCUAAAAUAUAGGUUUCACCAUGUUGACCAGGCUGGUCUCGAACUCCUGACCUCGCAGUCUACCCACCUCAGCCUCCCAAAGUGCUGGGAUUACAGGUGUGAGCCAGUGCACUCAGCUCCAUAAUACCAUGUUAUGAAAAAUAUUUGAUUGGUUUGAGUUUGCAUUUCAGAAACCAUGGAUUUUAUUCACUCUGGUUUCAGAAAAUCAUAGACUUCCUUCAUAUGGAAAUGUGGUUUGCAAGGAUGAUAAUUUUCUAGGAAUAAUCUUAUUAUUUUUGGGUAACACUGAACUAGAGGAUAAUCCUCCAGUUUGUUAUUUCUGACAUAAGUAGCAGGAUGUAGCUAACUUUUGUACUUCUUUAAAACUUCUACACCAGCAAUUGUUAAGAGCUCAAAUUCAAUUCAAACAUUCUACCUGAGGUAUCCUGAAAUUUUUAUUUUUUUUAAAAAAAGGAAAGGUAAUUUCUGACUGUUCUCAUAAAUUUGAUAAAAGGAAAGCUAAUAUGAGAUUGGUAGUCCAGUAGGAAAUGGAACUCAAUUUUACGAUUUAAAAAUCAUUUUAUGAUAUUAAAAAUGACAGAGGUUAGAAACAAAGCUCUUAUUCUUUUAUUGAACUAGAAUUGAAAGUGGCAGAAAAUCAUUUUGGCCCUAGUGCAGCAAAUGUUAUCACUAAAACAUGUUCAGGGGAUAUUAGGAUAGUCUCUCAAGCACCAGAGACAAAAGUUCACAAAGCAAGAACAGAUUUUUCUGUCCUUAUCUUGGAAAUUAUUAGAUGUAAAGGAGACAUGAAGGUAUGUUAGUUCUAAGAGGACUGGGGAUGAAGUAUAUGUUGAAAAUGAUAAAAUCUUCAUUCUGGAGUGGUGAGAUAGAAGAAUGUGGUGGCAUGGGUGUCUCAUCAGUGACAGGCAUGGUGGAGGAAAGAGAGUGCACAGGGAUAGGAGGGUUCAUGAACCAACACAGAGCUGAGAAAUCCAAGGCCAGAGAAAAUUAUACUCGUGCAAUAUCAUGAGCUGAUGAUGAAAAUGGUAAGGAAACAAGUGAUACUAUUCUUUAAAAGAACUGUGUGAAGAUUAUAUUGAACAGGAAGAUUAAACUGGAGCUGUCAGCAGCUACUUUAUUUUGUGAAUCUGGGAGGAGAGAAAUUUUAAGUCCAUUUGGGAAAAACCAAUCAUUUUUGAGUGUGCAUUGUGAUUAUGCUUCAAAAUUUUGUGUAAAUGGAGCAGGUUGAUAGGCAUAUGUUUGCUGAUCCUAAAAUGAUUAAAAUUCAGAAUAAGUAAGACUCUUGUGAAAUUGAGUUUUCAGGUUCCAGCCAGUGUUCUAUGCUGCCGUAUGGCAUAACUUGAAUUAAUUGCUGUUCUCAGUCUCUUAUUCUUCUACUGAAUAUUUAGGUGCCCUGUUUGAAAUAUUAGUCGAUCCACAGAAGUAUUUAAUCACAUGAGAUAGGUGUUUGAUAUAUUCAUGAAAGCCGUGUAUGUAGCUAAUAGUUGCUUAGAAGAAAAAGCCCCUCAUGAGGUUUUCUGGCUUCCCUUCCCUGCUCCUGCCCUCACCCCCUGACUUUUUAAGUUAGAAAAAUGGAUACUGGACAGGAGGGUUAGCAAGGAAAGGAGGAAAGAUUAUCAGAACUUUAUAGGGCAAACAAGAAAAGAUGAGAUGAGAAAUUGUUUUUGCUAAUCUUUAGCUCCUGGAUGCUCCACGUAUCAACAUGGAACAUCAUCUACAGCAUCACCUGGAAAUUGUUAGCAAUGCAAACUCUCAGGCUCCAUUAAACAAGACCUACUUAAUCAUAAUCUGCAUUUUAAUAGGAUCCUAAGUUUAUUUAUACAGUAUGCACAUUAACAUUUGAGAAGCACUGUUUUCACACAUCAGGAACAUAGAUUCAUUUUAAAUUCAGUUUCUCAGACCUUAGAAUACAUAUUUCUAGAGAUCAUAAGUUCCUUAAAGGCAUAAAUGGUAUUAUAGUCACUAAAAAUAAAAAGGUCUAGCAUGGUGCUGGCAUGUUGCCUGAGUUCAAUGAUGUAAAAAACGGUUGUAAAUAUGUUUUUAGGUCCUAGACUAGACCUGAGAACAAGAGACCCUCUUUAUUAGGAAACUUACUAUUUAGUAGCCAACCCUACAUAUUCUUUCCUAGAAAUAAAGAUGCUUUCUUUUUACUGAGUGUUAGGAAAGACAGAGCCAUUUGAAAAGAUGGCAUCCAUCUCUUCAAGUGUCUCCUCUAAUAACAUAUCUCUAAUAUUCUAAUUGGAACUGUAACAAAAGGUUACAGGGCUAUUGACCAUGUGUUGGAGUUCUAUCAGAGCAUGGAUGCCAGGCAUUCCAGCUGUCUUUGAGACCUGUCACCAGCCCUCUACCUUUGACCAGCAGCCCUCCCUGUUUAGCUUUGAACUUCCUUGUCUCUACCAUUUCUCCUCCUUCUUAAAGACCUCUUUUCUAACUCUUUCCUCUGUGUUCCUUAGAAUCUAUGUCCUGUUAUAACCAAAUCCCACAAUAUCCUCCACCUCUUUUCUCCAUCUAUGCCUAAAGAAUGGUUCUCCCACAGAACCCUGUUUGCUUGUGGCCCUCUUAAAUAGUUUGCUCAAGCUGUCCACCUGAGACCUCCUGAGCACCAACCCUAGUCCCCCGUGUGGCCCCUUGUCUGCUCUGACAAGAUGAAAGAAACAAUCAUGAACGAGGAAAAACUCGAGAAACUGCAGGCACAAGUGCACAUUGAUGGGAAAGGAACUGCUUGCAGAAAGAAGAAGGUGGUUCAUAGAGCAGCCAUAGCAGAUGAUAAAAAACUUCAGUUCUCCUUAAGGAAGUUAAGGGUAAACAAUAUCUCUGGUAUUGAAGAGGUGAAUAUGUUUACAAACCAAGGAACAGUGAUCCACUUUAACAACCCUAAAGUUCAGGCAUCUCUGGCAGUGAACACUUUCACCAUUACAGGCCAUGCUGAGACAAAGCAGCUGACAGAAAUGCUACCCAACAUCUUAAACCAGCUUGGUGCAAACAGUCUGACCAGUUUAAGGAGACUGGCUGAAGCUCUGCCCAAACAGUCUGUGGAUGCAAAGGCACCACUUGCUACUGGAGAGAAUGAUGCUGAUGAAGUUCCAGAUCUUGUGGAGAAUUUUGAUGAGGCUUCCAAGAAUGAGGCCAACUGAAUUGAGUCAACUUCUGAAGAUAAAACUUGAAAAAGUUACUAGGAGCUGCUUUUUAAGAAAUUUUUAUUUAUGGAUCUGAUAAAAUCUAGAUCUCUAAUAUUUUUAAGCUCAAGCCCCUUGGACACUGCAGCUCUUUUCAGUUUUUGCUUAUUCACAAUUCAUUCUUUGCAGCUGAUUAAGCUGAAAAAGCCUGGGGACCAAGUUUGAAACAAAGGUUAAUAAAGUUCUUUGCUUAGUAAGGAAAAAAAAAACAAGAGUUUGCUCAUUUUCCCAAAGUGCUGUUGGCAUUCUUCAAGCACUCUGCUGCUACUUCUGGACUUUCACUAUUCAGUCUUGCCCCAGACCUCUCCCCUUUUAAGGUUUGUCUUUGUGGCUUUACAGUACCCUAUCCUUCUGUCAUCUUUUGAGUUCAGAGUCCCUCCAAACAAUAUUUGAAGACUGCACUAUUGGGUCAUAGUUGUCAUCUUUGCUCCAUUCUUGACGUAGAGACUUCCUCUUUCUUUCUUUUUUAUUUUUUUGAGAAGGAGUUUCACUCUUGUUACCCAGGCUGGAGUGCAAUGUCGCGAUCUCGGCUCACCACAACCUCCGCCUCCUGGGUUCAGGCAAUUCUCCUGCCUCAGCCUCCUGAGUAGCUGGGAUUAUAGGCACGCGCCACCAUGCCCAGCUAAUUUUUUGUAUUUUUAGUAGAGAUGGGGUUUCACCAUGUUGACCAGGAUGGUCUCGAUCUCUUGACCUCAUGAUCCACUCACCUCGGCCUCCCAAAGUGCUGGGAUUACAGGCGUGAGCCACCACGCCCGGCCCUUCCUCUUUCUUAAAUUUAGCUUUUCCAUCUUUAUUAUGUCUCUCCAAUGAUUAUAUAAAUAUGCUUAAAUUUCUCCUAAUAUUAAUAAAGACAUGUGUCCUACACAGUGAUCCCCUCUUUAGCUACUGUCUUUGCAUCUCUUUUUUUUUGCAGACAAACUUCUUGAAAUAGAAGCCUAGACUAGCUAUUUCUGGCUUCCUGGUCUCUAGUGACUUCCCAGUCACUCUUCAGUCCCCUUUAAUCUAGCUUCUGCUCCUAUUGAGCGACUCUCUCCAGUGUACCAAUCUCUCUAAUUGCCACAGCCAGGUGGUGCUGUUAAGUAUUUGUCUUAUUUGGUCUUUCUGUAGCAUUUGAUACUGAUGAUCACUUUCUUUUUCUCAGAAAUGUAAAAAACUCUCCUGUGAUUCUCAUGAAUUCUGCUGGUUUUCUUCUUCCUUGUGUUUAUGCUCUUUUUUAGGCCCUUGCUUGAGCUCAUUUUUCUAUUCUACCUUCUUUGUUCUUGUUCCUCAGGGUUGUCUCUUUCCUCACCACGUUCUCCUUAGGAGGCAGUUACAUGUAUGUCCAUAGCUCCUCAGCUUCCCCUGUGCAUGGGAGACUUCCAAUUCUACAACUCAGCUGCAGUUCUACCUCCAAGGCACCAGAGAGGUGCAUACCUCCUUCUGUGUGUCUCGAAGAUACUUGAAACUUCACAAAGCUGGGCAUACCCUGCUGGAUGGCUACUCAGCAGCCACCCUCCCUUCUUCCUUGACAACAGAAUUGCAAUCUGUAAGCCAUUCUGCUUUGCCAGUGCUUGGUCUAGGGUUUACAUAAAAUAUAGUUAUGGCCAAAUAAAUGUAAGAAGACUUCUGAUAGAUUCUCAUAGGAUACUUUUAUAGUUGGGAGAUAGUAAUACAUUGAAAUGCAUUAGAACGUCACUCCGCUCUAAGGUAUUAGAGCAGAAAUAUGGGAAGAGCCUGGCUCCUUCAUGUCAUUCUUGGGCCCUGCACAACUCUGGAAUCUCCUGUCUUCAUACAUUUUGCUUUAUGGGAAAAAUUAACUUCCACUUGUUUAGGCCCUAGUCAGUCAGGUUUUCUGUUACUUGUGGCCAGAAGAAUCCUAACUGCUUGAAUGUCAAGAACUGAACUCACUACCUUAUAUUCUGCUCACCCCUGAAGUCUACCUCUGCUUUCCCUAGGCCUAGGCUCCCAAGGCAAAAUCCUGGGAGUCAUUCCUGAUUCCUCUUCCUUCACUCCCCAAACCAUCAACAAGGCCUGUUGAUUCUUCAUUCUAAAUGUCCUCCCCUUUCUCUUCCCUUUCUCACUAGCUAAACUUUAGUCUUCAUAAAGUUGUACUCAAGCACUGCAGAAUUCUCCUUUCUGGUUCUCUGCUUCAUGUCUCUCCCUGUUCCAGUUUAUUCUACUCUUCCAUUCUGUGUUGAAAGAGCAAACUUUUAUUUUUUUUUCCC